GAAUCAGUGGAACGAAUCAUGAACGAGACUUGGAGUAGUGAUUGUCUUUCCUAUAUACCACAAUUCCAAGAAAUCCUGGCCCAAUCAACCGACAUGAAACUAAAUCUUUACACAUGCGCAUUAAAAGACCUUAAUGUGCUUGGUCAUGCCUCAUAUCCUUGGUCACAUGACGAAGACAGUGUUUAUCAUGGG